ACAAAUAUGGCGGGCAUUGAACCAAGAGCAUGAUCCUAGAUUUUUUUUUUUGUAUUUUAAACACUUUUUAGAGGAUACUUUAGCGGGUAAGAUUAGUUGAUAGUUUCAAUUUUAACUCUUUUUCAUAUUUUUUAAAUUUAUUCCUGUAGUUUUGCAAGCGUCAGCUUUGACAGCCACUGAAUCCGAACUGUUUAGUUUUAAUCGCAGCCAAAAAAAGCUCAAGCUUAUAUUUUUUAUGUCAACUUGGCCGAUCAGAUCGCAAUAUUAAGAAUGAUAUUUUGAAUAUCUUCAGAAUGAAAACAGACCAAGCUGCUGUAACAAAAUUACUUCAACAAUGGGACCAUGGAUCAAAGAGUGUACGUUCAAAAAUUCUGCAAGAUUUUAUCGCUCAAAACCAAGGAAAAACUGGCCCAGAACUGGAACUUGAAUUUGCUCAUGCAGCAAGUUUGUUUCUAACAAGGCUGACAGCAUGGUUACGGCUAACGUAUCCUUUACAAGUCUAGCGUUGGUAUUGAUAAGUUGUUAAUAGGAAAUACGCACACAUCAAGGGAUGAAACAAGGUGCCCAGAUAAUAAAGAUCUCUUUUUUAAUUAUAGUUGUAAUACAUUUAGUUUCAGUAGACCAAUUUCGAUAAGUUAAAAUUCGAACGUGGCUCCAAGGCUUGGCUAAAUAAAAUAGAUGAAACAACUUUGAAGUUCAGGAAUUCAUAAAAAUUAUUUUUCCUUUUGUUUCGAUUUACCCAAGCCUUGUAGCCAACUUUGAAUACCAGUAUACUGAAAUUGCUGUAUUGCGUCACAACCACCUCUUGUGUUAUAACGCCAAGAAGCAAAAGAGAGUCAACUAAAAGGAGGAAAAAAGAAGGGUAGUGACUAACUCUAGGUGUCCAUUUUAGUGAUGUGUCCGUCUUAUUGUGAUUUCCAUCAAGGGAGAGCUGACUAACAUUGUUAAUAUCCUUGACGUACUAUCUUGCACUACAAAAGUUACAUGCUUGGGACAUGUGUUCAGUUACAGCUUCAAGCUAUCACUAUUUUUGUUGGCUCAUCAAGUGGGUGAGUUUGUCUUUACUGUCUUUUCUACAUCCCAGGGAGAGUACGCAGGAUUUCAAGUGAUGGGGCUGAUCGAAUGGGGGCAAAAAUCAAAACCCCCUAAAAAUCCCUAGGGCUUCCAACAAAAUGCCAAAAAAUCUCUGGACCAAAAAUUAGCCCCCAAAAUAUUCCAUGCUGAAUUUCCAAGCCCAGAAUAAUGUUUUUUGUUUUUGUUUCCUUCAGGCAUAAAUUUUUGGCAGAGUUCUUGGAAGUUGGUGGAGUUUUAACUGUUCUUGAAAUUCUUGGCCUUAAGCAGGCAAAGGAGGUAACAUUCUAUCUUCCUCAAUGUAUAUAAUGUUCAAGCAUGGAUCCAGGAACUCAAGUGACUGUAUUGUGAGCACCAAAGGGUCUUUAAUUAUAGAGGCUCUAGGUUUUGCAUCCCGAAGAAAAUUUUGUAAAUUUUUACGCUUGCAAUCAUCAUUUCAUUUUACUGUGAACAAGCUAACCAUUAAAUCUGUACAAUGGUUGAAACCAUUCUUAGACUCUUUGCUUGAUAUAUUAAUCUACAUAGAGAAACCCUAAAAUGUUAAUUAAUAUGGUGUUAAACUGUCUUACAUAUGCUGAGAAUAGCAAAGCUAAAAUUCAUGCAUUUGCAGAAGUCAAGAGCACUUCCAAGCAAGGAAAGAGCAAAGAAGGUUUCUCCUAGGCUUACCAAAUGUUAUCUUUGCCUUACUGUGUAGUUUUCUUAUUUUCACAUGUGUACACAUAGGAAGACAAAGCCCAGGCAUUAAAGGUGUUGAUGUGUGUCUCAAACUCUGGGAGAAGAUACAAAGAACUCAUUUGUGAGAGCUUUGGUAAGGGACGUGUAAGAAAUCCUAUCAUAUAAAUAUACAAAUAGAACGAGCUUGAUAUUCCAGACAUUUUGGUAAAACUCGUGAAGAUUAUGAUGGAUAAAAACUGCCUGGCAUUGGAGGGAAGGUAUAGAAGAUGAUCAAGAAAACUCGGAAAAAGUGAUCUGUAAAAGCUGCUCCUAGAGAAUGUAACUUCAUUCCUUACAGUAUCACUACCUUUUACAGAGACCUUCAUUCACUUUAACUGAAAAGUUUAGACUCAUGGAGAUUGCAAAUUAUGUAAGACAUUUGCUUACCAAAUAAGAAAGAGAAAGGAAUGGGGCAUUAUUGCCUCCCUCCCCAAAAAAUAAAGCCCCUCCCUUCCCCCUCUUCCUCAUAGAUCUACUAAUGGAUUUGCUAUCAGUGAUAAGUGAGAGUGAUCAUGCUCUUUUAAAUAUUUUUUCCAAGGUAUCAGGGCUGUAGCUGAAUGCUUGGCAAAGUCAAAUUCAGAGGAGACCCAAGAUUGUGCCAGAAAUUUACUACAACAACUCGCUAGUGUAAGGAAUUUUCAGUUUUUAUGUUCUUGAAAUGGCCAAUGUUAAUGCAGUGUAAUCUCUGUGCCUUGACCUCUUGUAAGCAACCACCUUUUACAAGUAAUCACCUAAGGAUCCAAAAGAGCAAAGUCAGUUUUCCAUUGCUAAAGCACUUUAGUCAAAACCUCUUGAAUUAUUUUGAAACAUUAAAUGUUCCAAAAUAAUUCAAGAAAUACUGGUACAAGUGUAAGCAUAUAAGUAUAAGUACCAGUACCUAAGAUGGUAUUGAAGAUGAUAAUGAUGAUUAUCAGACAAUGAGAGCAAAAAUCGUGUCAUAAAGAUAAGCAGGGUUGUUGUUAAGAGCCGGGGGCAGGGCAUUUCCUGUCGCUAUUAAUGAGUGUGGCUCCAGGCUACUUUUACCGGAAAAUAGAAGAAAAAUAGAACCAAAAGAAACCCCUAGCUGUUUGAUUCCCUGCCUACUUGUUGUAUUUACCCGGCAACUUGAAAUCUUAGUGACAACCCUGAUAAGUGACUGUGAUUAUGAUUAUGAUGAUACGUGAUAAAGAUAAUUUUCUCUAGGGAAACCCGAAAUAUGAAAGUCAAGUUUACAAAGCACUGAUUGCCUUGUUAAAGUGUGUGUCUCCAAAGGCGCAACAGAUGGCUGCUCAAACACUGAGAAUAGUUCAGGUUGGUGUAGUCAUCCUUAAGUCACUUCUUUUAAAGGUUGUAAGCUUCAGUAGUACCAGUUUCUUAUUCCAUCAAGAGAUAUUGGUACUUCAUCAAACUUACAUGCCAUAAUAAUAAAAUCUAAUGUGAUUACCAAACAUAAAAAUUCUCUAUAAGAAGGAAUAUGUUGAGAACAAAAGACGUUGGACAAGAAGCACUAUCUAAACCAGCACUAGAAAUUUUAAUUUCCUAAAGGAAUGCAGUCUUGGUGGGGACCAGUCUUUAUUAAUUUAAAUUGAUUGGCUUUUCAUUGUCAACUCCCUAAUUGAGACCAAAAUAUGGAGUUUCUACCACUAAAGGAGGCAACUAGCAUCCUGUCACUUUUUUUUGGAGUUAUGCCUGACCCCAGGAGAUUAUUACUGAACAAUAUUUUUGAAGUGGCUUACAAGUAUAAAUAAUCGCAUUACUUUAAGGUAAAGCUUAUUGUCAUUUGUCAAGAGAUCAAGUUUCAAGUUCAAGUUUAUUUUUUAUACACAUGACCACAUAUUACUCAUUAAACUAUUUAUUCCCUUACCAGCCUGUGGUCGGAGCAGCAAACCCAACCAUCGUGGAACCUGUAUUGAUGCUUUUAAGAUCCCUGCACCUGGAAGUUCAGUAUGAAGCCUGUGAACUCAUCAAAGACUUAAUGCAAUAUGAUGUACAACACUCUCUGCUAAAAGGCUUAGUGGCAUUACUAAAACCUACCAAGGAUGAGAUCAAAGACAGUUCAGAGACAUCCUUCACAGGUUCGAUGCGUGAUCUGUACCUGGCCCAUGGGUGUCACUUUGUGGCUGCCUAUAAAAUUAUAUAACCUGGGGUAAUCUGCAGCUGUACAGUGAAAUAUCUACAUUACUCUUUUACAUCCCAAGAGGGAUCAAUGUCAGUUUUCUCCUAACACUGGGAAACUGCCCACCUACCCCUCCCCUAAGCAAACAUAAACACUUACUUCUCACUUAGGGCAAAAUGAUGGCUUAAGGGAGGGGUAGUUGGGUAGUUUCCCAAAAACCUAAAUUGAUCCAAUUGUGGCUCAAAACUUAUCUGAUAUGUGACACUCCACUUAUGAGAUCAAUGAAGCUAAGCCUCAACUCCUUUACAGAAAUCAUGCCAAUUUUCUCCCAGGCAAUUGAAAAAUCCUAGGCUUUUUUUCAUAUAAAUCAAAUGCUGGGCACCCUGGAUUUCACAGGCUCAGAGCACUGGGCUUGAUCCUUUCAAAUUUUGACCAGAUAGGAUACUUUUCCUUUUCUCUGAUAGAUCCUGAUGCACCACAGCUCCAGGCCCCACUCCCUGUGUUUGUACAGCAGGCAGCAGCUGCUAAAAUGAUUGGGUGCGGCAAGUUAUUUAUAGUCGUAGUAUAAUAGUAAUGUUGGUGAUGGGCCUGAGAGUGGGGGUUGAAAAAGGAACUGUAGGGACAAAUUUCCUUCAUCUUUAAUAAUCUGUAAGGAGAUUAAUUGCCUUCAUUGCAGAUGUUAUCUAACCCCGGUUAGUAACGUCUGCGAAGCAGUGCCGAUCAGUUCUUGUUCUGUGCCCCCAACGGACUCAAACAAUUACCGGAAAUGCGUUUCAAAUUUCCCUUCAACCUGAUUGGCAAAUUGACAAUGGCAUUUUUAACAGGCCAAUUAUGGCAUGUGCUCAAAUCCUGGUACACAGGUGGGGAGCCAGAACAAAGAUUUUGGCGCCGUUUUGCAGACGGACUUAACCAGAACAAUUUGGUUCCCUCUGUGGCACAGGCUAGAGAUUUCCUUAAAGUUAUAUGGUACAAAAAUAAGGUAAUGCAGUGAAAGGAGAUUUCUAGAAUUUGUCUGCUGGUCAAAGGAAGACAUGGAGACAAACUAGCAUACCAUUGUAUUGGGUAAAUUCUUGAGUAACGUCAGAUUGAAUGUUUUUUUCUAAAUUUAUUUCAGUUAGUACUUUUAGUAGGGAAUAAUGCUUGGCUUUUUUAUGUUGUAUAAAAUAACUAGAGGGAAACCGAACUAAAACCUGAGAAUUCGUGUUAACGGAAUCUGGAAAAUUAUUUAUACAAUCGCCGUGAGGCACUUUAUUAUGUAUUUUACAAUUUUUUCUUUAGAUAAUUUUGUAUUGAUUUUUAUUACUUUCUUUUCAGAAUCCUGGCUAAAGAGUCAGCAAAAACAUCAGAAAGUCUUGUUCAGGUAAAAACAAAAUCGGUACAUUAAACAUUUUUCUGUCAGUGCGAAAUGUUUUUUCGCUAACGAAAUUAUUUGAUUUCGUUAAAGCUACGAACUGUCCAUGGAUUGUUGUUUGCUAUGGGAAAUACGCUACACGCUGACAGUCAAAGACAAUCAGGAAUUGCUUUGGAGGUGGGUGUGGCUUUUUACUACAAGAUCUCAACUCCCCUCGGGGGUAGUCAACAACGUUGUAUACGGGGGAGCUUCGCCCUGGGGUCUAACCCCUUAUCCUUUUAUAUACCAUUUUUGGCAGGAGAGGCACCCCUUUCUUAUACCCUCUAUAGACAAAUGGUACCCCUUGCGGGUGGAGCCUUCCCGUUUAGGCCAUUAUAGGGAGAACCACUUGGGCAACAUUCUUACAACAUUUGUUGUGAAUAUCAACUACCUUUCUUCGUCAUUUAGUACAAGAUCACUUUUUAUAACAACAAGGAAUAUUUUAAGGGAGUGAAUAUGUUUGUGAAAAGUACAUGACAUUACCGAUGUACUAUUUUUCUACAGUUUUUCGUGCGAUCCUUUCCUCUGGUGAAUGAUCGAGUGCGCGAAGCCCUUGGUGACACAUUUUACGAAGAAUUCAUGGUACGUCUUGAAAAUUUGAAAGGCUAGACCGUACAUAGCUUGUUCUAGGUGUUCUGAUAGUGGGGGCGGCGCGAAGAAAAGUGUGUAGGAAAAAAAAAACAGUGUAGGCGAUGGGAGGUAGGAUGAGAACGUCCUUUCACGUCCGUUUUUCCGCUUUUUUUAAUCCGCUAUCUUUUGCGCGACACUCUCCACUAUCUGAAAUUAGUAUACUGUUUUGUGUGUGUGGCCUGCGCGCGUGACACACAGGUCCUCGAGUGGAAACGGGAAAUUGGUAUCGGGGAAUACGAGAAGGGCACGCGCGUAUCGCGCUCGAUUUCUCUUCUUCUCGAUUCUUCGACUCUUUGAAAUUCUGCCACGCAAGGUUAUGUAGAUUGUCUUUUUAAACUUGAAAUAUGUAAAAUGUCGUAUAAAAGACGAAGAAAAUAAUAGCUUAUUUGGUUUUUAUUUCCUCUCAUCCAGUCGCAUCCAGACAGCAUGUACGUAAAUAUGACAGCUAUACAAGCGGAUGUACUGGUCUCAAACAAAGUCAAUAUACCUGGAGGUAAGUUAGCGGCUGAGCGGAUAGGCAGCUGUACCGGUAGCUCCCAAAGAUCACCCAAAGUCCGGCGGCAAAGAAUUAUUCUACCUAAUUUUUUCUUCGUCAAAACAAACGAACCUAUAUUGACGGGCAACGCCUUACCGACAGUGUUUUUGUUUGUUUGUGUGUAAAUAUUUCCCUCUUUGUGACGACUAGUGUUAAAAAUUUUGCUUACAUUGUUCUUCUUUUAUUUCUAUCCCUCAGUUAUCGAAACCAGGGAAUAACUUGGUCUUGGCUCGUCAGUGGAAAACGGGAACAUCGUGAUGUGCGAGUGGUGUCUUCACGUUUCUUGUUUGAACUUUGUGUGGAAAAUUAUAAACACUACUCAACACGACAGCGCUAUUUAUCACAUAAAAUGUUUGUAAAUUGUAUGUUUUGAAUUACAAAACGAAAACAGGAAAAAAAACAAAAAACAGGAUUAUUGACCUUAUUACUUUCUCCAGGCUUUUGUCGCUUAGAAAAGUAAAAUAAUAAUAAUCAUGAUAAUAAUAAUUAUGAUAAUAAUAAUAAUAAUUAUGGUAAUAAUAAUAAUAAUUAUAAUAAUAAUCAUCAUCAUCAUCAUCAUCAUCAUCAUAAUGAUUUUCAAAAAACCAUACUUUAUUAAACUCUUCUCAAAUUGAAAAUUAAAUACAAAUUUAGUAUAACUAUAGUUCAAAAAGACUUCUUGGUGGGCUGGUGGUUUUCAACAGAGCAAAUAUUAACAACUGUCUAUAAACUAAAAAAUGAAAAUUUUCUAAUAAUAAUAAUAAUAAUAAUAAUAAUAAUAAUAAUAAUAAUAAUAAUAAUAAUAAAAAGUACAAUCAGAGGCGGAGAGCAAGUAUCGUCGACUGGCCAGUUAUCGAACUAUUGUGGAGUCGACAAGGUCGAAAGCUGAAUGUUUAAACUUGAAAAGAAUUCAGUUUUUGCGUUUGCUUUUCAUAAGGACUUUCCGUUGAGAGUUGCCUGUGAAGUGUAGGUUCCUAUACACCUGUUACAGAAACUAAAGUGUUUUGGUUUCGUGAGCAGAACAUUUAUACCUUUUCUCAUUUGUUCAACAUUUAUCGCUUUCUUUUUCUGCAAACUACCAGCAGCUCCAUUUGGUCGGAAAUUUCCCUUAAAUUUACGUCCGUUUCCCGUCUCAUUGGCUCUGUUUUCACUCUCACACCUAUUUCUUCAUCACAGAGGGCAUUUCUGCGUCCGUUUUCAAAGUACCUUCUAAUUUUCCGAAAGAAAUCUCCUUCGCCUUCUUCAGAAAGAGCAGUAUAACUUGGCAGGGCUGUACAGGAGAUUUGUGUUUCGUCGUGAUCAAACCAAAGUGGCUGGCCGACAUGUGCUGCGAUUUCAUUGUUGUCCAAAAACAUGUGAGCUCUGGGAAUAACGUUAUCUGAAUAUAUUCUUUCGGGACGUGUAUAUUUAAAGCGCUGCCAGUCGCCACCGUGUUGUGAUGGAAAAUCAUAACUCCCCUUCACUAUCUCCGUGGAGUGUUCUUGUUGAUUAGGAUGACGAAAUUUUUUGAAGGCUGGCUGACCAUCUUUCAUAUCAUCCUCGCUUUCCCGUUGAACAUCCGCGCUAUUCAUUUCUGAGUAUGGCUGACUGUGAUCGCAGAAGGACGGAAAAUUAUAAUUAGCAGUUGUUAUUUUCUUCAUUUUUAUCAACUGCUUUCCAGGUGAAACAGACUGCCAGAUCAUUCCCUUGAAAAAUGUUGCCCGUUAUCUUCUACCGCACCAUCACCAUAAGUCUCGCGUCUGGCCUGAUGUCCUUCACAAAAAACACAGGAAAAAAUAAAUACGAAGAACCUUGCAAGUAAUCCGCUUAAAGCACCUCGCUUGUCGAGCUCUGAUGAUUAUGACAAUUGCACUGCCAUCAGUGACUACUUAUAAACGACCUUAAUUAGAAAAAUAUAACUUCGAACUGAAGGCCUGCCGGAUACAGUUUAACUGAUUCUGAAAGUAGAGCAUGAUAUGAUAAUCACUUGAUUAACAUUGUAGCUGAAGUACGUCACGCCUUAACUUGAUUCUACACUACUAUUGGCUUAAAGACUUUAUUGACACUUGUACAAUAGGCGGUUUCGAGUUCCGAAAACCCUCACUUUUAAUAUAAGGCCUGGAGUAAAACCUUUGAUGUUAAGGCGAGCUUUAUUUGCAUCGGAAUAAAAAAAUUGUUUUCAAAUCAAAAACUCUAAAACAGAGCGGGCUAAGGGCAACUCCCAAGUAGUAGGCACAGACAAUUGUUUUACUUUCAGCAAACUACGAAAUAUCAGAAUACUGCAGAUCAAAUUCGCCAUUUUGGAGCGGUUUAUUACUCAGCCUGCCUACAGACGUCUCCUGUCCUUUGUUGCGAGCAACAAAGUAAAGCCUGAUACGUCUACACACAGGCAAUUAUUACUUUAACUAAUAUGUAUUUUUUUCUUUGACUUUGACUUAACUAUAUAAUAGCCCAUGAUUGAUGUAUUAAAAUUCUCACAUGACUCCCUGGUUUUCCGGUGAUUUUCAGUCUAUAUUUGGUUUGGUUGUGCUUAAGUCUCUUCUGGAAAUGACGAUACAAUCGAGUCGUGGAAAAAUUUACAAUUUUGUCCCUAAAGCCUCGGAGUCAGAAUUUUAUAUUAGAAUUUUAUAUAUCGAACGUGGGCUAUUACAGUUGCCUUUUAAUCAUUAAAAAAAAAAGAACACAAAACAACAAAAAACAAACAAACAAAAAACAUGUAGACUAGCAGCAAUAUCAAUGAUGCGUUCACCUCAAACUUGUUUAUUUUUUAACGUUACUAAGAUGGAAGAUGUUACCUGUUCACCUUACCGCGAGCAAGCCCCUCUUAUGUCAGUGCAGGGGCUGAUCUAGGGGGAGGGUGCAGGGGGUGCGCACCAACCCCCCCGAGAUGACCUGCGGUUUUCUAAUACAACUGGUAUUCUGCAAAAAAAACUAUGUGGUUUAUUGUUGUUGAAGUAGAGCAAGAGACGAGUGCACCCCCUCCUAAAAAAAUCCUGGAUCCGCCCUUACAGUGUUGGGGUGAGGAACAAAUUCGCAGCAAAUAAUUAUUAAUAAUAAGAAAAUAGAAACGUUUUUCCUGAAAUGCCACAAGGAAUCCUUCCCAUUCAAGUCUCAGUGAAGUCUUAAUUCUCUCUUGUUCACGGACGUAACCAUAGUCCACGAUCAAAUAACGGGACAACCGCGCGAGGGCAAGUCGGCCUCGUUUCUGAUCUACCCACUGGAGACUGGAUUCUACUUGGACGGCGGGAAAUCAAAAAUAAAUAUGGCGACCAAAGGGUUUCUCGUUGGAGAUCACAGCAUUCGUCCUCGACGUGCUGUGAGGUAUGUAGCCAAUAAACAAGCAAGUGAAACGACAAAAAGAAAGAAGAAGAAACCUGAAUGGGAUGUGAGUAGAAUAUAUGUGAGAUACAUAAGAUAUAAAUUCAUAAGUUUACGAAAAUUUCACUCUUCUUGAGCGGAUUUCAUAUAAACAUAACCUUGCUUAAGCUUAUAUUAAAAGCUCCUUUGCUUAUUUGAAGAUCGAUCAGUACGCUAGUAGAUUUUCCACGGUAUUAGUUUAAGAUCUUAUGUAAGUUAUUGUUAAGCCCACAAGUAAGCAUGCGUAUAUUCUGUAUGAUAAUUUUUCAGAAUACUGUAAACGACCUGACUGUGCACAGGGCAUCCAAGGAAGAACAGGUAGACUAUGUUUCUUUUUAUAGCCGUAAUUGGCAAUGUUAUAUUGCUCUAAGAACCAGUUUUUUAUAUCAGAAUUUCUCCUGACUAAGUUUCCCAAAAAGCUUUUAAUACAAAAUUAUAUUAAUAGGGAAGCCUCUUCGAUGAGUACGGUAUGUUAAAUAAUUUGGUUAUUUGAUGCUUGUUUUAAAUAAACUAAUACUUUUAAUGUUAAUAUUGUAUUCUUCUCUCUGUCCUGAGUUAAUAAGUGCUACUAACAUCAUUGUAAUUAUUUAUGUGUGUAGGAUAAUGAGCAACCUGUAAAUUUAAUGCAUGAAUCUGAAGAUAAUUAUUAUUGAUGUCUUUGUUUUUGAAGCUCAAAAGACAUGAACUUCACAAAUCCAAGAAUACAACUAAAGUGCUGUUGCAAAGGCAGCUCAAAGACUCAAGCCUAGGUAAGGGAUUAUGUUAGUAAAAAAUCCACUUUUUUACAAUUUGGAGGGUAACAGCUAGCCUGAGAAAACAGCUGAUAUUUCAUGACGCCACCUCUGGAUUCCCCAUGAAAUGACGUCUGAGAAACGAUACUGAUGACAUGUCAUUACCCAGAUCUGGGUAGUGCUUCUGAUUGGCUGAAGCAAAUUUCUCACGUGACACGACCAAUUAGAAGCACUACCCAGAUCUGGGUAAUGAACUUUAUCAAUAUGGAAUUUUUGCAAAUGUUUUGCAGACAUUACUCUGUGGGGAAACCAGUGGUGGUGUUACUAAAUGUCAGCUGUUUUCUCAGGCUCGGUAAAAGCUUGUAAUAAAACCCUUUUUUUUUUCAGAGGAUCAUUUGCUUACACUGUAGAUAUGUAAUUUAAUGCCUUUUCUCACACAGUUAUAGAGAUUUUGUUAAUUUUUGGUUUUAUAUGACUGUAAUUACAAUCAAUAUGCAUUUAUCCUUUGUAUUCCCAGACUCCACAUUGCAGACUCCUGAUUCAGUGGAAAGACGUAAACUUGCAAUCGUUCAAGAAGUUUUAUACGGCCAUGACAAGGUUAGCCAGAGAAAACAGCCAACAUUUCACGAUGCUACCACUGGUUUCCCCACAAAAUGAUGUCUGAGCAAUGACAGCAGAAAUUCCAUACUGGUGACAUGUUACUACUGAGAUCUGGGUAGUGCUUCUGAUUGGAUGAAGCAAAUUUCUCUUGUGACACGACCAAUCAGAAGCACUACCCAGAUACCCAGGUAGUAACAGGCCAUCAGUAUGGAAUUUCUGCAGUUGUUGUUCAGACGUCACACUUUACGGACACCCACUUAAUACACACACCCCCUUAAUGGACAGUUUGCUUUGUUCCUGGGGAAGGAAAGCCUAUAUAUUUUCUAUAAAUUCAACCUGGACAACAGACACCCCGUUAAUAUGGACACCUUGUAUGGCCCUGUCAGUGUCUGUAUUAACAGAGUUUGACUGUAUUUUGUAUACUAGUCACAUAUGAGGGAUGGGGGACUGUAUCUGGUAUUAUUAGUAAAAUCCAACUAGUAGUCUAUUAUCAAUGCUGUGUUCUGAUUGGUUGAAGCUACUACUAGGCUAUAUGUUACAGCCCACUAGUAGCGAAAAGCGCAGGCUUUUUGGCGGCAAAAAAGGAUUAAAGUCUAGCUUUAAUAGCUAAAAUGUUUUUAUUCUCAAUAUUUUUGACCAACUAGUUGCCCUCAUGGCCUCUGAGUCAAUAGCCCAUUUGGCCUUCAGCGUCAUGGGCUAUUGACUCAGAGCCCAUUCGGGCUUGAAGAAUAAUUGUUAAAUAGUACACCUGUAUCAUUACUUGGCUUUUUAUAAACAAGGUCUCCUUCUCAUGAACUUCUCAUACACUGUAACUUAUUUUCUCUUUAAUGUGUUUUAGUUUCAGGAUGUGCUAACAGAGUCAGAUAAAGCCAUGUCAGUUGUUAAAGAUUUGUUUGGUGAUGACCCUAAGGUAAUGUAUGUGUUGUAGUUAAUUUUUUAUCUCAGGUAAUUUUGUUUUUGGAUAUGGUAAUCUAUGCUAUAAAUGAAGUUGAAACAAAGGAAAAAAAAAAUUACCUGAGACAAAAAAUUGACUACAACAUAUACAAUCAUGUUCACUUAACAAAAAGUAUUUUGUACUAGCCAAUAGCCAGAGCAAAUAGACCUGCUAAUGUGGAAUCUCCCUUGACUGAACCUUUGAUUUAGCUGGCAUGUCUUACCAUUCUUGCUUAAUAUUUCACGAUGGUAACUAAUGGUAUUGAGACUUCACUUUCUCAAUUCAAUUCCAGAAAUACAUGGGAUUUCCUAAUAUCACUGCUGCCCCAUCUCAUGUUUUACGUGGCAAAGAAAACAGGUACCCAACCAAAAAAUGUAGUAGUUCCAUUGUUACUGAUUAAGCUGUUUAGAUUUUCUUUAAUUUAUUAAUAAUCAUGACUUUAUCCAGCCACUGUUUCUCUAGGGCAGUUGUAAAUCAUUUGACACAUGCUAAUCUAUGAGUUUAGCCCAUCAAGAAAGAGGAAGAGUUCUUGGAUAAUUUCCUUGUUUGAAAUUGAAAAGUUUGUGCUCUUGUUCUUAAAUCAAUCUGAUGGUCUGUAACAUUCAGCCUGCGUCGCAGACGUAAUUUAACCCUGGUCUAAUAGUAAUGUCUGUGAGGCAGUGCUGAUAUCCUUGUUCUGGUCCCCAACGGAUUCAACAAAUUACAAGGACUCGGAGUGCAUUUCGAAUUUCCUUCCAACUUGAUUGGCAAAUCAACAAUAGCUUUUUAACAGGCCAAUCAUGGUGCGUACUCCAAUCUUGGUUCACAGGUGGGGACCCAGAACAGGGAUUUUGGUGUCGUUUCGCAGACUGAGUUAACUAGAGUUUAGUUACUGUCUGUGGUGCAGGGUAAUACUGUCCAGACAGAUUUCUUUUUGUUUUUCCAUGAUCAUAGCAAAUAAAUGCAUUUUUAAUUCACUCUUUAUAGGUUUCCAGUGGCUGAGCCUCCAGAAACACCAACUCAUCUGUCCAUGUUGAGUGAUUCUGUCAUGCGAACACCAGCAUUAAAUGAGCUUUCAGAUGACAACAAAGAAGGUGAAUAUAAGCACUAUUGUUACAAACAGACAAAAGUAUAAUUAUAUAUUUUAUUCCUUUCCCUCUGGUGUUGUUGUUUUCUAACAUUUGAAAUUCUUUUGUACAACUUUACAGACAUGAAUCAUGUUGUAUUGGUAGAAUAUUGUUCACAAAAUUUAUGUUAAGGAACUAUCAAUUCAUGUACACUGCACAUGACUUGCUGGAAGCAUGAAUAAAUGGGUGGAGAGGAUGGCUAUGAGGGAAUGGUCGAGUCCAUCAUCAGGACUAAUUUGUUGAUUGAUCAGUUGGUCAGGGAAAUUUUACAUUUGUUGGGGAAAAGGCAGGGAAUUUCAAAAACCAGUGGCUGUGGCAGCCAUGCUCUAGGGCAAGAAAUAAUAACUGACCAUUCAAACAAUAUACGUGCUGAGCAGUUUUCUCACUCUGCUGUAGCCUAACAAACAUGGAAUUGUCUAUCAAAUUUAUUGUACAUAUUUUUACAUUGCACUUUUCAGAUGAUGAAAUGGCACCAGGAACACCAAAUUCUCAUGAAAUUCAUCAAGCAAGAUCUUUUUUCCAACCGAAGCUGGAUCUUCAAAGAUUUCAGCAGUAUGUGGCUGAAGAACAGAGUAGAUAUAUGGAACAGCCCCAACAGCCUCAUUUAAAUGGGUGUGGCCCUGACCAUGUGGCAUUAAAAGAGCAAGGCUCUGACCAUCUGGCACUAUAUGGGCGUGGCAAUGACCAUGUGAGAGGACAUGACAGCAUGUUGCCUGGCUCGGCUCAGGACAAAGCUGAGCUAUAUCCACGUGCAUCACAACCUUAUUUUUACCCACAAGGAGCUGUAACUACAGUUGGUACAACAACAAAUGAUCAGACCUCUGGGGCAUUCAUAACUGGGUGUGGCACUGACCAUGUGUCUCCACAUGGCAGUGUGGCUUCAAGAACUGAUCAUGCUAGUCAGCAAGCAACUUUUCUCAGCCAGGAAUCAGUGGAAAUUGUCGCGGGAUCAGGGCCUAGUGUUGUGAAUCCAGGUACGGCUAGCCUCUAUGUAGCAUGUCACCCUUUUUCUUUUCAUUUUCUUGUAAAAAAAAAACAAAACAAAACAAAACAAAACAAACAAACAAACAACGACAACAACAAAAAAAAACUCCUACUACUCCUUUUCACUUCAAGGGUCAAUACUUAUCAUGGAGACUUGUAAUUUAGUGACUUUUGUUUCAUGGGACAAAAUCCUAAUCUGUUGCCACUCAAAAGAAACCAGUUAAACAUCAGGUUAUUUCCCCUAGUACUAGUCAAUUUUUUAGUAUUUUGUGUAAAGUGAAACAUUAAUGGAUUUCAUCCAGUGUACGUGUUAAUUCAUAUUGAUAAGCUAACAGCUGCACAUGUAGAUGUAUCUCAUGUUCUUUUUCCUUAGAUUGUGUAUAUCCAUGGUUUUAUGACUGUUCAUUGGUUUACUGAAUCUUGAUUAUGUUUAUUGUAGUAUCCACUGCAGAAUCAACUGCAAGCCACAGCUUUCCACCCAACUCAAGACCUUCAUCCAGGUAAAAACCAUGACUGUGAAGUUAGAAUACUUCAAAUGCAAAGACUCAUGACAAUAUCUUAAACAAUGUCCACACUGUCCAUUUUGGUCUUCUUCACACCCGCUCAGGCCGGAGUCAAGUGGGCAACCCCAGGUUCAAUCAGCCGAUGGUUAUUAUCCUUGUACUCGGUUUAUACUACUGUAGCUGUACAUUUUUUGCCUGAUUCAAUUGUGCAAGGCCUAGCUGUAAUGAAGAGAAAUUUUAUGGUUAAAUCCCCUUUUUCUCUAAAAUGGUCUUAUAAUGGUGUAAAUUUAUUUAUUCUCAAAGUCACACAGAAAUAACUGAGCAAAGACCCAGCAAAAUUGAGAAGGCAGCUAACAGUGCAGUGAGUCACAAACCGGCACUGUAUUCUUCAGCAAGUGGUGCAACUACCUUACGAAGUCUUGAUGACUUAAAAAAGGUGUGAUUUAUUUAGUACUCUGUUUACAGGUGGCCAGUACGACACCUUCAGAAGGAUCAUGAAUUAAGAUCUAUCCUUACAGAUAAUACACCCAACCCAGGAAUGGUUGGCGUGGGUUCUUUUACGUCCAACUGACAAGAACCAGAUAAGUUUUGUCCUUAUCAGAGAAGACUAGAAAGUCUAACCAAUUUGCAGAUGUCAUUACAAAUGUAGCACUUUCUUUUUAGUUAUCUAAUAUAAAGACCCUGAGUGUUGGUCUGGCUGGGGUUUGAAUAAUUAUUAUUACAUAAAAUGUAUGCCAUAUGAUGAUAGGGCAUGAUUUUAUAGAUUUUUCAGAGAGUGCACUUUUUCAUAGAGCUUCAAGUUAACGGUACCAUAAUGGCUUCUAAAGUAAAAAAAAAUUGCUUUCAUAAGGUUAAAAAUGUCCAAAAGGAAAGUUAGUAAAACCAGAGGUUUUUCCCUUUUUUCACUGACAUUUUAAAGUCAUCUUGAGGUGAGAGAAGAGUUAUUUUUGUAAUAUUGAGGUUCAGAGAGUUCUUCAAAUCUCCUCUGACAGAUGGUGGAACAAUUGGAAACUGAGAUAGCAUCGUACGAAAUGGAAACAGGCCGACCACCAACCCAUGUUUCCACAUCGCCUGGUUCUGGAUCCUUCAGUGGAUAUACAGCUUCACUCAUCACUGCUGUCACCAAGCUGAUGGGUUAUUUGAAGGAGGUACAAAAUGUUUUAUUUAUCCACAGGGGUUUGACGGGUUAUGGAAAACCGGUAAAGUAAUCACGUUUAAUAAAUUCAUUUUCCAGGCCUGGAAAAUCAUGGUAUUUAAAAUUGCCGCUUCUGGAAAGCCAUGGAAAAUAAAAAUUUUGUUUGGUAGAUUAAUUACUGCAGAUGUCGAAGCAAGGACAAUGUAAGAUCAAGAGGAGUAUUUAAACAGUGCGAACAACAUGCAUUUUGGCGGACACCAGUCUGUCAGAGUUUGUGUCUGAUAAACUGAGUUAGGUAAAAAAUACCCUCUAAAUAAGUUCUCAAAAUUUUACAACAUGACAGUUAAACCCAAGAUCAUGGAAAAGUUGAAAAGUCAUUGAAAAUCAUGGAAUUUGAAUAUCUCAAAAGAAUAAACCCUGAUCCAGGUUAAAUGUCAAUUGAAAUUAAAAUGAAAACAUUGCCAUGUUUUGUUUUUUUGUUGUAAGUAUAUUUUUGGGGUUACUCCCACGCAUUGGUUAACCUCUGUUUUGGAAACAAGGUAGUUGUUAGUUCUACAUUACAUGUGCCCUUCAUUAUAUGCAAAGUAUUUUUUCUUUUUCUUAUAGAGUGAAAUUCAACGUAAAGCAGAAAUGAUCAUGAGAGAGCAAGUACUCCAGGGUUUUGAAGAACAAAGGGUUUUGGUCGACGCCUUGACCAAUGUAAGUAUUUCUAUCUUUGUGGAUGGACCCUCCUAAAAUUUAAAGUAUUCAUUACCAGCAGUUCAUGUUUAGUUCUACAAGCACAUUCAGCAGGAUUUUGCAGGUUUUUGUGGGACCUAUGCCUAGGUUUGAUCUAAGACCAUCCACUUGAUGUGGCUUUGAUAAAGUUCUUCACACUUACUGUAAAAUUCUGAAAAUAAGCCCCCUCCAAAUAUAAGCCCCCCAAACUGGUAACGUAAAAAACCCUCCGUUAAAUCGCCCCUCCAAAUAUAAGCCCCCUGGGGGCUUGUGCGUUGAAAAUUGCCCUCAAAUACAAAGUAAAUCAAAGCAAAAAUGGUAAGUUUACUUCCAACUAUAAGGCUUGCCCAAUCGAUUUUGAAAUGCAAAUUUCCCUCCAUAGAUAAGCCCCUCCGAAUAUAAGCCCCUCAAAAAGGGCCUUUGAAAAAUAUAAGCUCCGGGGCUUAUUUUUGGAAUUUUACGGUAUUUAACAAAAUCUUGCCUCCGAUCCAACAAUGCUCAACCACGGUUUUAUCCAAGACUACACACUCCAUACAUGGUCCAGGGCCCUGCUAACUCAAUCAAUGACUCAAUGAGCCAACUACAAUAAGGUAUUGGGGAGCGUCGAGUCCAUUAUCAGGACUAAUUUUUGAAACUGUUUAUUCCAUUGGUCAUGUCAGGAAAAAUCAUGGAAAAGUUAGGCUGUCUGGCUGUGGUAACCAUGUAAAUGUGAUCAUUCAUUCUUUUCUCUCCUAUGUAGGAUAUACUUCACACUCAAGAGCAAAACUUGGCCUUACAACAAGAACUUCUGGAGUACAGGAAAACCACAGAUGAACAGCUGCAAUAUUUAAAGGUACUAUUUGAAUGUACAUGCAUUUAAUAGUUCACCAUUCACCAAUUGACUUUCACAUGACUUGGAGAGAGUUAAGUGGUAUUUCAUUUUAUUUCCAGAGAGAACUCUUUGCUGUUCUGAAGAGCCAUGAAUAUCAGGAAUUAUCAAGCAGUAUAAACACGCUGUAUAACUUGAACCCUGUGACCUUGAAACGAGGGGCCUUAGAUCAGGCCAGUGAAAAUCAUAACUUGGAGUACCUGCCUAGGGUUCCAAUGCCCUGGGCUCAAAAUACUGGUCAACAGCCUAACCUGCAUGGAACAGUUACAUCACAAGGGUCUUCUCAAGGACACAACCAGCCACAAUACAGUCACAGUGACACUAUGAAACAACCCUCAUUCAUUCCACUUGCAGAUUCCCAGGGAACACACUCAUCAUUGCAACAAGUUAACCAGUCCCAAAAUCACCAUCUUCCUCUACAGUCAAAUGUUCAAGUCACCACAGGGAAUACAAAUGACCAACAACGUUUUGUAACUCCAAUGUCAGUUCCUGAUCAUGAAUUACCCCAUAAUGGACAUGCGUCUUUGGUAUACAACAAUUCUGUUCCACCUAGCACCAUGCAUUAUGGAGUGACUAGUAAAAACCAGCUAAGUUCAAACAUUGUCAUGUACCCACCCAGCCAGGCUCCCUUGUCUGUGCCCCAAAUGUCUAUACCUAGUGUUCCUGGUGAAAGACCUAGUGUUUUGCCUGUAAGAAAUCAAUCAACUCAUCAUAGUAGUGUGGCUGUGCCCUUGGCAAUGUCAACGGUCCCUCCGGUAAGAAAUGAAUCUACCUCACUUGUUAGUAGAAGUGAAGGUGUGGGCACAGCUCCCUCUGGAAGAAGUGAACCAAUACAAUUUGGUGGCAUGGAAACGUCCACUGCUUCUCAACCAAGACAGGAAUCAGUCCCUACAAGUAGUAUUGCAGGGGUCUCAGGAAUGUCCGCAACUCUUCCUUUGGGAAACAAACCUGUACAUGUCACUACAGUCACAUCUACAGCUCCUUUAUACAGUUCUCAUCAGCAUCAACCAGGGCAAUCUGUCAGCAGUGCACUUUUGCAAACACAGGUUGGUAAGGAUGUGUCAAGGAGCUUGGAGCCAACACAACCAUCAACUCUUUCACAAGGAGUCAGACUCACAACUGUGUCUGAAGCAGUGCCCUGUAUUGCAGCUUCUGGGCCAGGGCAUACAGUGCAAGCUGUCACUAUACCACCUGGUAAAACAUCUCAUGCACUACAUCAGUAUCAGCACCAGCCUUCACAGCAAAAUUAUGCUGAGCCAUCUGUAAGACCACAACAUCCACUCAAGCCCAAUGGCUUUGCACCAUUUUCUAGAACAACAGCUGGGAGUCUCCCUGCUGGUCAUCAGCUACGUGAACGGCUUCAGAACCUGGCAAACAGGCAGAAGAGUCUGGCAGUUAAAGGUGACCAGAAU